AUGACAAAUAUGGCAGCAAAUAACGUAACUGCGCCAUCUACGCGCGCUAACAAUCAGAACGUCUAUUAUGAAAAUAUUGAGACGGUUGCUAGUAUACUAUACGUGUACUACACCCCCCUCUUAGUAUUGUUAGGCUCUGUAGGUAAUAUUAUUUCGGUUUAUGUUUUCUUCACUUCAAAGUUAAGACUACAGUCGACAAGUCUAUACCUGUCCGCACUAGCGCUCUCAGACACGUUGUUUCUGCAACUUCUGCUACCGCCAUGGCUCGACGCAAUUCAAAUCACUACCAUUUUCCACAAAAGUGGAUUCUGCCAAGUGUUUGUUUACAGUAGUUACACGGCGUGUUGUUUAAGUGCAUGGCUAGUGGUAGCGUUUACCAUAGAACGGUUCGUGGCUGUGUUGUACCCUUUGCGACGGAACAGUAUGUGUACUGUGACAAGGGCCAAAGUCGUCAUCCUAUUACUGUUGGUGGGAUCUUUAAUCGCCAACAUUCCGUUAAUAAAAUUUGCUUCACCUUCGAUAAAUGACUGCAACAUAGAUGAUGAUUACAUAGAGCACGCUGCGAGGUUUAAUUUGGCCGAUACUAUAGUGUCAUUUUCGUUCCCUCUCGGGAUAAUUAUAAUUUUUAAUAUAUGGAUAGUCGUUGGUGUAUACCAACGAGCACACGAAAGGCGCGAGCUGAAUGUUGAGAGGGCUGCCUGGACCGAAUAUGGGUGUGACCGCGCGGCAAUGACGGCGCGCGCGCUGCCGCCGCUGCGCUCGCAACACCGCGUCACACGAAUGCUGUUGAUCGUUUCAACAGUGUUUGUAGCGCUAAAUUUACCAGCGUAUACUAUGCGUCUGUUAGCAUACGCCUACGACUUGAGCUCCGAUGAAUACAGUGGCAGAUGGGCAGCGCUACAGCAAUUAUCCUUACUGUUUUUCAAUACAAACUUCGGUAUAAAUUUUAUCCUGUAUUGUCUGACUGGACAAAACUUUCGCCGCGAGCUAUGCCAAUCUAUCCCAUGUCUUCGAACGCGCGUCCGCCGCGACGAGCUGCGCCUCACUUGCCGUAACGCUGCUCGCACCGGCAGUGUCACAGGUUACGAGCUGUGCGCCGUGCACAUGCGGCCACGCAUGCGGCGGAACAGUUGCGGCGGCCACACAGCUUCGUACGUAAGUUGCACUGAAGCCAGCACGUCUAUAUCUGCGGGCAGGGAAGUGUCCAUGGGUUCAGACGCGCCGUGCAACGUGCGUCGCCACCGAUCAGAGCCAUUAAUUAACCGUUGGAACGUCGUGAUGAGUCGGCAGCUGCGCCAUCAGGACCAGGGUACUGCUGGCGAAACUACGCAGGAGCAUGACCCGGCGACGCCCGACGUGGUGCCUACUGGUCAGUCUCAGGAGACUGCCACCGAGCAGAGAAGAAUACCAUACUUGUUCUUCCCCUACCGUAACUUGAUUGCUUCGAAACGUGGGAGACCAAACCCCAGGUUUCAGUAA